UCGUGCCACCACACCCCAGCCUGGGUGACAGAGAAAGACUCUGUCUCCAAAAAAAAAAAAAAUCAAAUUCUAUUUGUGACAAAGGAAUCGUGGUGUAUUGGCUCUGACACCUGCCUUAUACCUUUCCACCUGGAUGUUCUUUCUGCUCUUGGCUUCACUGUGGGUGUCCGAUAAAUCGUACAGACAAAAUUAAGUUUAAGCAACUGUCGGAAACUUUGCUGUUUCUUCGCCUGAGGAGUUCCCCUGAGGAAUACCAACUCUUCAUGUGCAGAGAAGUGGAAGUAUAGAAAUUCAGUGAUCCCUCUUCUCUCAGCCGAUGAACAGCUAGAGGCUGGAAACGCAAGUUCCAUUGAAAGUUAGAAGCUGCCGCCCUGGAAAUGUGCACACUAUCAUCGCUGCUGUGCGGGGACCUUUUCAUGCAGCACACUGACAGUUCACCGUGUGGGCACGUGCAUACACACACACACAGGCGCGUGCGCAUGCACAGACACACACACACACACACUUGAUUUCCUCUUGAAAGUGGCAAGAAGAAGCUGCCUUGCUGCAGGCCCUGCUGGCAUGGGUCAUGCCAUCCACAAAACUCUUCCCUUGCUCCCCACUUUUGCUUGAAAACCUUUCACAGACUGCAGAUUCAAGGGAAAGCCAUGCCAGCCACCCCGCUAUCUACUGGGAGACCCUGAGGUGGGCUCUCCUCUUUGCCCUCCGCAGGAAGAGGGUCUCCUCCCUCCCACCUGUGUCCUCUGGGGGAAGAGCUGUCUCUGGAAUGGAAACAGCGGGUAGGAGGGUACAGAGGAGAGGCUGCAUCAUCCCUUUAGUGCUCGACGAAUUCCUUUUCCCCAGACCCGCACAGCCCUCUGAUAUUGUGGUACAUUUUCCUGGCGUCCUUACUCAGCUGCAAAUCCAUCCUAGACCAGGGCAGGGGAGGCUAUUUUUACCUGGGUCAGGUCAUAUCUUCUCCUUUGUUCCUGUUGAUGAAGGUCAGGAACGCCUCACCCUCGGGAGCCAGGACCUCAGACAAAGGCUCUCCGAUCCUGAAGCUCUUUCUGUGUCCCCGAACCGCGGGGCAUCGGUGCUGGGGUCGCUGCAUGCAGGCGUGUAAUUUUCCCUCAGCAGUGCGUCACUGCAGGCAAGCCAAGACUUCUACCAGGCAUCAGGGACCAGCUCCUGCUCACCGCUGUGAGGGGCCACAGGUAGUGGAGACAAAAAUCAGGGCAUGAAAGGCCCGAAUGGUGUAUUUGCUGGGAAACUGGGUGGUCCCGUUCUUCCAUGUCAUGGAUUCCCGGUGCAAGCCCUACACCCCUGUCCAACACCCUCAGCUCCCUCCCUCCCUUAAAGAGAGUAUUCAGGAUGCCCAGCUGGGGAGGAACUACCUUCUUUCCCAAUAAUUUGGGCUCCUUCGGCCUUCUGUGCUGUGCCCUGACCUGUUCGUGUCUCCACCAGACAUCAGCCCUAAACACAGCUCACACUUCAGGAAAAAUGUGUGUACACCCACGUGCCGCAACGCCUGUCUCUCCAUUCCCCAGGGCUAAGCCCCAAAGAGUAAGAGACAAACGUGGUGUGGAGGGCUUUCUGUGAUGCAAGGGCAGAAACCUGGAUUCUUAAACUAAGACGUCUGUGUGCAUCGCCCUUUAUCACGGGACUGUGAGUCUCACACUAAGACGUCUUCCUCACCCCUUCAUCACAGAACCCAGUCUCCCCCUUCCCCUUCUGUCAGCUGUGACCCUGGGCACGGGUGUAUGCUUUUUUCCUGUCUGGACCCAUCCUGCUUAGUGUCAGCAAUGAGUUAGGUGCAACUUGAAACCCCCUUCCCUGUACAAGAGACAGAGAGAGAGGAGGGGCAGCCUCUCUCCAUGAGCACCUUCAUUCUUUGAUGGGAAUAUCGCAGCUCACCCACACCCGGGUGCAGGGUGAGAGUGAGGGAAAGAGGAAAGAAAGGGACUCCCAAAGAAGGGGUGACAUGCAAGACCAGGAUGAGAGAGACAUCCACCGCUGCGCUGGAGAGAGGGGACUGGGGAAAGCAGAGAGGUGGGAGGGGUGAUGGAGAGGCGCGCAGUCGGGGACGCCUGCUCUCCCCGCACCCUCCCCAUCUGCAAAGGGAGGCCCCCCGCCCAGCGCCGCAGCCCCUCCCCGCGCGCUCGCCCCCGCGCCUCCCUCCCGCGCCCCCAGCCGCCCGUGGACGGCAGCGCGCUGCUGCCCGCGGGGCUGGCGUUUCCACCUGUCACCGCGGCGCCGCCGCCGCCCCAAGUUUUCGGGGGACUUGCCCGGCGCGCCGCCUUCCUCCUGCUCUCCCCCAUGGCCGCCGCCCCCUCUUCCCGGCCGCCCCCCGGGGCCCCCGUGCCCCACGCCCAGCCCCGCGGCCGCCGGGCCCGGUAAGCACCAGCAGCUGGGGUGACCCGGACGGUGGGUGCCCCGCGCGCAGCCGCCUGCACCCGAGCGCGCCGGCCUCCGAGCAGCCACCACUGCCACCACCGCCGCCGCCGAGCAGCCACCCAGGCAGCGUCUGUCCCGGGCACGGAGCAUUGCGGAUGCGGCGCGGGGCCGGCGCGGGGCUCCGGGCGCGCUCGGGGGUCGUGAGCGCCGCGCCCCGCGCCCCCGCGCGCCCCGCGCCCUCCCGCGCGCCCCGCUGGGGCCAUGCAGUCUCUCAUCUCUCCGGUGACCAAGGCGAUCCUGGUGGCCCUCUUCAUCUUCGCCAUCCUCCUCAUCCUCUAUGUGAUCCUGUGGUACAUCUGCCGCGAUGUGGACUGCGACCAUGGCAUCUGAGCGCCGUGGACCCCCGGGGUCGCCACACAGGGGGCAACCGCAGCGCCAGGGCCAUGGGGACUGAGCCGUCCCGCGGUGCCCCCCAGCUCGGCGCCCGCGCCCCCUACUCCGGGCCCCGCCGCCCGCCCUGCACCUCCACCGCCUCCUGGCCUUGACCUUCAGGGACGCACCGGAGAGAGCGGGGCCCCUACAGUGAUGGAGAGCCCUGGUGGCUGUGGAGUCUUCAGUUUGCCUGCAUGCCAGGUGCAAGCCAGGGAGUGGUCCGAGCAUCCCCCUCGUAAGCCACCAGCAGGCCAGGACUCCAGUGUGGAGGGAUGGAUCUCUGAAGGUCACUGCUCGGCCCUUCUCUGAAGACUGUCCACCAGCAUGUCAACCCAGCUGCACUGCAGGGGUGAAGGGUGGGAUGACUGUCAAUAAGGAUUAAGGCCAUCUCCCCCACCCAUCACUCAUUCUGCCAAGCCAUCACCGGGCAACCAGGACUCAUGGGCAGUGUCACCUCUGGGGCCGUGCUGGCAUCUGUAACCUCCAUCCAUCCUUGUGGUCCCAUCCAGCCAUCUCUGCCCCCCUGCCUGGCCCACUCUGUUGUGAAGUUUUCAUCCGCCUUCCUCUUGUGCAGAGUCAGAAUUCACAGAGGUUCCAAUGCCCAAGGGAAGCCCAGUGGAACUGUUCACUCUUAUUACUGGCUAGAGACGUCCAGAGGACAAAUCGGCUUCAGAUUAUACCAUCGUUAAAGUAGGUGCAACUCAGAGGCUUGCCCUACUUAACUCUCCGAUGCAAUCCAUGCUGCCAGCUUCAUACAGACUCCAUCCAGUGCAAAUAGCUUCCUUCGUGUGCAGAGCAAAUGCUCCAGGGAAGAGACACAGAGGAUUCUCCAUCAUCAUUAUUGCCAAGUGACCCCAAAUAUUCCUAUUCUGUCUGUUGCAAAGAGGAAAAGUCAUGUCUUGGAAGAACGGCAUCACCCUACAAAUCAGACUAGACACUUUGCACAUGAAACAAGAAUCCCAGAAAUUUCUAGAAGCAAAUCUUGCAUUCGUGACCGUCGGACUCUAUGGGAUGUGUAAGGCACAUUCUCAGUCUCAUCACCUGUGAGAGUUGCAUUGCCUAGUCCAGCCGCCGCAAAGGACUCUGCUGUUUUUCCUGUGCUUCACUUAACAUAGGAGAGUGAAGAGAUGAAGAUUGAGGCGGGCCCUGCACCAGGGGACAUGUGUCUCUCUGAAUGUCCUUCACAGACAGCAGCAGCCCAGUGACACCCAGCCCCCAUCCUGUCCGUAUGCACCCUGGUGAGCAUUUUCUACAGUCUCCUAAACGCUCCCAUUAUUCUGUUUUGCUGGUGUGAUGUGUGACACCUCAGUGUCGUCAUAGCUUCUGCCUCCUCUGUGUGGAGAGAGGGCAUAAAGACAGAGCUGAGAUAUUAUGGCUAGUCCAGAAAAUAAAAUAUUUUUUGAAACCAC